AUGUCUCCCUCCACAACACCAAAACACUCGAUCCUCGACAGCUUAAACAAUGCCCAGAGACGCGCCGUAACCUCCGAUGCCGCAACCGUAGCCAUUCUAGCAGGUCCAGGCAGUGGAAAGACACACACUCUCACCUCCCGAGUUGUCUGGCUGGUCGACCAUGUUGGCUACCAACCCCAAGAUGUCGUCGUCGCGACCUUCACCGUCAAGGCUGCCCGAGAAAUGAAGGAGCGAAUCGGAAAAGCUCUCGGAAAUGGUCGCGAAAAGAAGAUUAUCCUGGGAACAUUCCACAGUAUUGCUCGACGCUACCUUGCCGCAUACGGCCGUCAUAUCGGACUCAGCGAAAAGUUCAACAUUGCCGACGACAACGACUCGAGAGCCAUCAUUACCAGGAUAUGCAAGAGACUGCAACUGGGGCUGGAUCCGCCCAUGGCAAAGGCGUGGAUUAGCAAGAAGAAGGCAAAAGGAAUGGAACCGAGUCCUUCGUCUGCGCCUCAGCCUUCGAAGAAACAACCGACACAACAAGGUCAACGGGAUCUUGAGGUGUGCUACCAGGAAUACCAGAGUCACUUGAAGAGGUCAAACUUGCUAGACUACGACGAUCUGCUGGUUCGCUGCGUUGAGCUCCUUCGCAAGUUCCCCUCUUGCGUCUCUAACAUACAGACGGUCUUAAUCGACGAAUACCAAGAUACGAACGGCGUGCAAUACGAGCUUAUGCGACUGCUAGCCCAAAAGCAUCAGAGAAUUACAAUUGUCGGCGACCCCGAUCAGAGUAUUUACGGAUGGCGCUCGGCCGAGAUCAAGAACUUGUGGCGAUUGCUCCGCGACUACCCGAAAACCGACGAAAUUUCCCUCGAAGAGAACUACCGCUCAUUUCAAGCUAUCCUUGACCUAUCGCUGCUGGUGAUUCAGCAGGACAAGAAAAGAUACCAGAAGGUGUUGAAGCCGGUUCACGACAGAGGUUCUCGUCCGGUUUUGCGCAAACUCAAGAAUGCGCACACCGAAGCAGAGUGGAUUGUAUCCGAGAUACGCCGUGCGCUUUAUAUGUCGGGCACAAUGUUGACCUAUAAUGAUGUCGCUAUUCUUCUGCGCUCAGCAUCGCUUUCAAGACACGUCGAAAGUGCCCUCGGCAAAGCUGGGAUCCCCUACCGCAUGGUUGGCGGUUUCAAGUUCUACGAGCGAGCAGAGAUCAAGACUGUGCUCGAUUAUCUGCGAGUUAUCCAUCAGCCAGACAACAACGAUGCAUUUGGGAGGGUCAUGAACGUCCCCAAACGAGGAAUUGGCGAUGGCACAAUCAAGAACCUCAUCGAAGAAGCCGAGAAGUCAUCUCUCAGUCUCUACAGUCUUCUUGUCAAGCACUGCCGGGGAGACCGUACUGCCAAGACCAAGAUCACCAAGCAUGCUGAACAGAAAAUUAGUGGUGAACUGAUUCGCAUGUUGAAUGGGAUACGGAAGAAGAUGGAAGAGGCUACAGAGGGGAAAUCGCUAGGUCUGGUCGAUCUGAUCGACCAUUUGCUAACAGCCUUGAACUUCCAAAACUAUCUUCAGGUUACAUAUCCUGACGACCACGAGCAACGAUGGGCCAACGUACAGGAGUUGAUCAGUCUCGCCAAUGACUUUGUGCGAGACUUGGACAGGUCCGGGGAGGAUGCUCUCCCAGAAAUCGAAGGACUUGAACAGUCAAAGGAGGAGGAUGUGCUGGCACAGUUCUUGGCCAACGUAUCACUAGCCUCCGAUGCGCAGAAAGGGGAAGAUGGCCAAGAGAGCAAGCCCAUGGUUACCAUAUCAACUAUUCACGCCGCCAAAGGCUUGGAGUGGCCGAUUGUCUUCAUACCAGCUGUGUACAACGGCUCUAUCCCGCAUAUGCGGUCUGAAGACGGCGAUGAAGAGCGAAGAUUGCUAUACGUCGCCAUGACACGAGCUCAAGCAUUGCUGUACCUCAGCUAUCCAGUCUACAACAAUCCCGGCAGCAGCGACACACGUACAGAGUUGUCUUCUUUCGUCUCUUCUGUUGCCAGCUCUUUCGCGAAGAAGGGUCCCAAUUUCGAACGAUCACUGAUGCGCCACAUAGCAAAGGUGCUCCAGCGUGAACUACCAUCCGAAAAGGAAAUCUUUGCAGGGAUACCCAACAUGUCCCAUACCGAGGAUGACUUGUUUCCCGUCGAUCCAGACAAGGCUUACAAAGAAGAUGGGCAGGGCUUUGACUCGUCGAGAUUCAAACGUCCCAAGCUUUACAACCCAGUUGUGAUAUCGACCGGAGGAGACGGACACGAAGAACCUCAAUGGGCAAAACCACGUGCUACGACAAUGGACCAAGCGUCAUCCUUCACCAUGGCUUCCUCCCCGGCUUCGUGA